UAACAGGUUGCGCCCGCCCGGGGCGGCGGCCAGAAGCGGAGCGGAGGCAGAGGCGGCGGGUGGGCGAGGAAGCCGGGCGGGAUCCUUCGCGACCGCCGACUCGUGGAGAAUGGACCAUUCUGUGAAUGGCACCCUAGUGGAGAAGCACAGCCCCAUAGAUUACGGAGUCCAGAUCCGGUUCAUCGAUGACCUGAAGGAGCCCAGGAGAUCCCAAAAAGCCCGCCCCAAGGCAGGCAAGCCGGGCUCCUACGGUGUUGCCGUGCGAGUUCAGGGUAUCGACGGUCAACCUUUUGUGGUCCUCAACAGCGGUGAAAAAGGAGGCGAUUCCUUCGGGGUACAGAUCAAAGGAGGAAACAAAUAUGAAAGGCCGGCUCAGACUUUUGAGGAGACUUUUCUGGGCUCUCCCAGAGCGGGGUCUUCAUCCAAGGACAUUUCGGGGUCCAUCAGCUCCGACUCAGAUCUUCCCGAAAAUCCUUACGGGGUGAAACCUUCUCGAUAUGGGUCUCAGUACAGCACCUCGGAUGAGGAACCGGGUCUCCAACGAGUGCCCCAAGCGGAUAGCUUGGAUGGGAUUCGCGUGUCUCGCACCAACCCUUCCUCUGCUGCCCAUAGUGGCUAUCGGACCCUGCCCCACAAAAAAUCCAUGGGGCAGCAGCACCUGCGGCGCACUCAGUCCCACAGUUCUUUGCUUGAACCUGAGACGAGCGAACCUCAAGAGGCGAGCCACUCUCGAACUCAUAACUUGGGUUAUAAUUCCCAGUCCUCCACUUCAGGCAUCCCAGAAAGGGGUUCUGGUGCGCGGAAUCCCUCUCCCCCCAGGCUCCCCAACCUCAGGGAACCCACAACCACCAAUUUCUCUGGUUUGCGACCAGUCCCCAAGCUGGUGUCCUCAGACACAGACUCACCUGAACCGACCCAACCAAUCCGGACCAACAACGGCGACAUUGACACAAAGCCUCUGUCCUCCGUGGACUCCUUGAUCCACAAAUUUGAUGGGAAGGCUCCCCCGAGGGGCCGAGCUUCCCGCAGGACCCGGGUCUCCCCUGAGAGCCAUCAGCGCUCCCGGAGCCUCGACGGAAGGAGCGCUUACCGCGAUAUGGAUGACGAACGAGAACGAGAGAUCAACAGACAUCAUCCAGGAGAUUUCAAAGAAGUAGCACAAUCUUCGGCGGCUAAGCCGCUCGUUUCGGCGAACUCCCCGGGCAGCCGGGGAGCUUCCGGUCAAGAGGUGAAGAAGGAGAAGGAAGUAGACAAGUCUAAGAUGAUCCAGGAUUGGGUCAACAAGAGUCUGGACGAGCCCGGGACGGAGAAACAGACGAGAAAAAUCCAGUCUGAUUUGCAGCUGAAGUCCACCCCAGACCUUCUGAGGGAUCAGCAGAAAGUGGCCCAGCCGGGGAGCAGCGAAUACACCAAGGAAGUCAUCUACAGCAUCCUGAAGGACAGGAGCAGCGAUAGCGACGCCACGGCGAAGCGGAAAACCAACCUGAUCUUUGAGAAAAUCCAGGCGUUUGCGGCCGUCCCUUCAUCGGAGCUGAGGGAGUCCAGCGCGGAGAUAACCAAAACAAAAUCAAAAAUGGACGAAGCGGACAGCCGGAACAAGGUGGCCCAGAGCCUUCCUCGACACCUCCAAAUCCGGCUGCAGGAACUGGAGGAAGAAUGCCAGCGACUCCGGGAAGCUUUUGAGAAGAAGAGCCAGGAGCUCCAGAGCACGGGGAAAGAGUUGAGGGACGUCCGAGCUGUCAAGGAGCAGCUGGAAGCCAAGCUGACCGACCUCGAAGACCAACUGACCGAGAUGCAGAAGGCCCUGGACCGCUUUCAAGAGGUCUCCUCCACCAGCCCGGAUCAGGAAGCCUUGCUGAAGGAGCUUCUGGAGACCCGCGAAGACCUGGAGGAGAUCUUGACCGCCAAGCAGAAGCAGGAAGACCAGCUCCGCCAGAGGGAACGCGAGUUGACGGCUCUGAAGGGGGCCCUGAAGGAGGAGGUGGCCAGCCACGACAAGGAGCUGGAUCGGGUCCGGCAAGAGUACCAGCAGGACAUGGAGCAGUUGAGACGCAACAUGGAGGACGUGUCUCAGGAUCAAGACAGCCUGGAGGCGGAGAGGCAGAAGGUCAACUCCCUGGUGAGGACUCUCCAGACGGAGCUUCAGGAGAGCCAAGAGGAGGCCACUCACUGGAAGGAGGUGUCUCAGCGGAACAAGGAGGAGCUCCGUAGCGUCAAACAAGAGCUGAUGCAGGUGAAAGUGGAACGCGAGGAGUUUGAGGAGGACCUGAAGGAGAGCCGCGAGCACUUUGCAGCCGCGCGGAAAGAGAUGGAGCAGCUCCGGAACCGUUCUACGGACGCCGAGGGGCUCCAUAAGCUAAGAAAGGAGCUCCGUCAGGCUCAGGAACAGCUGCAGGACAUGGCGGAGGAGAAGGAGGACCAACACAAGGUCCUACGCUUGCGGGAGAGUGAGAUUAUUGACCUGAAGGAGAAACUUGACGAUGAGGUUGCUUCCCAUAGCCAGGACCUUCAGGGAUUAAACUUGAGGUUCCAAGAAAAGAUGCAGCAGCUCCAGAAGGACUACGAGGAAGCGUUUAAGACCAAGGAAGCCUUGGAAGGCGAGAAAGAGGCCAUGGAGCAGACCAGGAAACUGGUGGAGUCCACCCUGCAGGAAAGCCAGGAAGAGAACGAUAACCUUCGGCGUAAGAUCUUGGGGUUGGAGACCCAACUGAAAGAGUACCACCAUUUUGCUGACAGCUGGCAAGACGUGGAGACCAGGCUGAAGGAGAAGAUUUUCAAGUUGGAGGCUGACCGCAAGCAGAUGGAAGAGUCCGUCAACAACGCCGCGGACCAGGAGCAGGACUUCCUGCUGGCCAAGAGGUCCCUGGAGAGUCGGCUGGAGGAGGCUCAGCGCAACCUCAAUAGGCUCAUCCUGGAGCACCAGAACUUGAGUACCUCCUACCAGGAGGAGCUGAAGCAGAAGGAGGCCCUCAGGAGGGCCAAAAACGACCUGGAAGAGGAGAAAAGAUUGCUGGACAGAAGCAUCGUGAAGCUGAGCAAGGAGCUGAAGCAGAUGACCGAGGAAUCUCACCAGGCCCUCUCGGAGCUGCAGUCCCAGCUGGAGGAGUACAAGGAGAAGUCGCGCAAGGAGAUCAGCGACUCCCAGAAACAGGCGAAGGACCGGAACGCGGAAGUGGAGAAGAUGCAGUAUGAGUUGGGGAGAUGCCAAGAUGAAGUGCUGCGUCUCAAACAGGCCCUCCAGGACAGCCAGGCUGAGCUCGAGAACGCCGUCCUGGACAAGGAACUCCUGGCCCAGCGAUUCCGCAACCUGGAGCAGGAGAUGGAGACCAAGCAGCGAUCCCAGGACGAUCGAUCCCGCCAGGUCAAAGCAUUGGAGGACAAAUUGAAGCGGCUGGAAGUGGAGCUGGACGAGGAACGCAACACGGUGGAGCUUUUGACCGAGAGGAUCAACCGAUCCAGAGAUCAGAUCGACCAACUGCGGGCGGAGUUGCUGCAGGAACGGUCGGCCCGCCAAGACCUGGAAUGCGACAAAGUUGCUUUGGAGAGGCAGAACAAGGACCUCAAAAGCCGGCUGACCAGCAAUGAAGGACUGCAGAAGACCAGCGUCAACGUCUCUCAGCUGGAGUCGCGGAUCCAAGAACUCCAGGAGAAACUCCUGGCGGAGGAGAGGGAGAAAAGUGUCCUGCUCUCCUCCAACCGGAAACUCGAGAGGAAGAUGAAGGAGCUGAGCAUCCAGAUUGACGAAGAGAGGCAGCAGGUCAACGACCAGAAGGACCAGCUGAGCCUGAGGGUCAAGGCGCUGAAGCGGCAGGUGGACGAGGCAGAGGAGGAGAUCGAGCGGCUGGAGGCAGCGCGUAAGAAGGCCCUGAGGGAGCUGGAGGAGCAGCACGAGACCAACGAGCAGCUCCAGAGCCGGGUCAAAGCCCUGGAGAAGGACCUCUGGCGCAAGGCAGCGCGUUCGACGGCCGAGUCCUCUCUCCGGGACGACCAGCUGAGUUCGGACGAAGAGUUUGACAGCGCUUACGGCCCGUCCUCCAUUGCCUCGCUUCUGACGGAAGGGAACCUCCAAACCAGCUCCUGUUAAGGCCCUCUCGGGGUUCGUUUGGAUGCUCUCUAAAGAUCCCCCGGGAACUUGGCAAAACCCACGGGGGGCAGGGGGGGCGGAGAGGGAUCUCCAAAAAAAUGGUUUCUUCCCCAAUUGGGGUGCGUGUCACCGAAGCAACCAACUUCUUGAUUUAAAAUAAUUGGAGGGAAGGUUUUUUAAAUUUUUGGUCGCUGCGGGAGAGAAAACCAGAGUCUGUGAAAAGAAAAACUGAGUAUUAUUUAGGGGAAUUUCUUUUUAAAAAAUCUGGUUCUCAGGGCAUUGACGAGCGGUUAAAGUGACACAGCCUCCUUUUAAAUAUGUAUAUAUAUAUUUUUUGUACAUACGUCGGUUUGCAUGGAGAUGGCGAUGGGCGUGCAAUUAUACGGUGGAACAAUCCGGGGCGUUAGAAAAAAACGGGGCCUUGGUGCAUGGAAUUGGCCUUUUCAAGUCCCUCUGGAAAAAAUAUUUGGGGUUUUCCCCAACUGAAUCUUCUCCGCUUUGGCUUGGCUUAUGUCCCCCCCAUGCGCCCCCCCAGAAAUCUCAACCAGAGGUGGCCUUCCAGGUGUGUCCGAAUCCCCAAACUCUCUUCAGACCGCUGGCUGUGAGAUCUGGUGGCAGGGAGUUCCGCGGGAUCUGGAAGACGGCUGCCCCUCCAUCCCUGGUUUUUUUUUUCUUCUUCUCGUUUUAAAGUAGUGCCUUUCCCACCUUCUUCCCCAAAAGAGAUUAUUUCCAGUGGGCAACUAGAGGUCACGUAGACCAUCCCGCUUAGAAAGCCGUGAGCAGUUUUGGCGCCCCCUCCCCUCCUCCCCCCCCCCCCAGGAGGGGCUCUGGCCGAUCCCUGGUGUUUUCCUCCCAUUAAACCAGCCAGGAUUCAAUCGAGGGCUGUGAAGAGAUGCCAGAAACCCAGGGAUGUCCAUUCCACGCUCAUAUCGGUGGCAAGAAGCAAAUUUAUGCAAAAAAAUAAUAAUAAUCCCCCAGCCAGAUUUAAUAAUCUCCAGUCUGUACGUCUUUCUGAUUUGAGGUGUGUUUCUACAGACGAUAACUUGUUUUUUUGGUCGGAUUUAAGUAAUCGCCAUGAAAUCGCCACUCCUUGACCAAAACAUUGGUCAACAACAACAGGCCCAUCAAAUGCUCUCCGCCAUCUUUGGUUUUUUGGGCAACCGAGAAGUCCCAUCCUCCGUUCCUCCGAGCGCAGAGGCUGAUGGGCCCCGGAACCCACGUCCGAUGGGCAUCUGGCUGCAGGAGACCCCUUCCCCUAAAAGAGAGGAAUGUCAAGCAGUCAAUAUAUCUCUCCGGUUAGGAGGAACGCAACCCUGUUGUGACACCGGAGCGGAGUCAAAAAAACAUCCGAGAAGGGGAAAGAAAAUGGAAGAAAAAAAUAACAACACUCUCCUUUUUUUUUUAACAAUUCUCUCCUUUAAAAUGGAGCAUCGAAGCUGCCUUCCAUUAGCGCGUCUCUUUUCAAAGGCAGGCUGAAGUUCGGAUGCCAAAUGCGCAUAUUUUUAAAGCACCCGUCUCUUCCCGUUUGAAAAAAAAGUGUUCUUCCAGUCCCGGAUUGUGUUUUUACGGCAAAAGAGGCAAACCCAUCAGGCUCUCUCUCCACGCGCCGACAGCUCCUUGGCAUCCCUGCGCGAUCCAGAUUCCUGUCGGGUGAGGCUGGUUUGGUGAGCUGGCACAGAAGAACGCGGCUGGCUUGCAAAAUCCUGCCGCGUUACCCAAUUUAUUUUUCUGCUUCCUCGGUUUUUCCUCCCCUGGGACACCCCCACACACACACACACUCUUCAGGUCCACCCAAAAAUCACCUCUCCAGGCCUCGCCUGGCACCUUAACGUGCCUUAUCGCCAGCGAGCACUUUUUCCUGGAUUUUUGCCCCGACCGGUUGCCCCAGGAAUGUACUCGGAGAACGUAACGCAUCUCCGUACCUCUGCACCCAUCCGGGGAUGGGGAUUCUGGGAGUCGAAGUCCCCAAAUCUUCAAAAGUGGCCAAGGUUGGACAUCCUCCUGACUUCCACCGAUGAAUCGGAAUUAAAUCCCAAUCCGUAGGAAAUUAGCGUCAUUUUCAUCAAGGCAUGACUUUCCAUUCCACCCCAGACAAAACUCAAUUUUAUCCCCAAGCCCAACUCCAAAUCUUUCCUUUCCUAUUCCCAAACUCUCUUCAGACCGCUGGCUGUGAGAUCUGGUGGCAGAGAGUUCCACGGGAUCUGGAAGACGGCUUAUUAUUAUUAUUAUUAUUUUGGUCAAACGGCCAGUAGUUCGCCGAGAGGGCAAAAUUCCAUCCAAGUUUUGAGCCGAGACAAUUUUUAAAUAGCUGCUAUUGCAAUCCGGGCUGAAUUUUAAGAAUGGAUCUUUUUUUUUUUAAAUUUCCUGGAGCUUUAUUAUAUAUAUAUAUAUAUAUUUUCCUUGGACAAAAAUCAAACCCCCCUUGUAUGUUGAUUUUUUCAAAUAAAAGAGCUAUAUUUAUCGA